UCCAGGUCUCGCGAACGCGCCGGGAGCGUCCCAAGAGCCGGGAGCGCGCCCAGCGGAUGACAACAAAUUCGCGGCGCGGCGGCCGUGGCUGUGUCCGCCUCCGCCUCAGCCCCUGCCGCCUCCCCGCGCGUUUUCUUGCAUCCUCUCUCUGUGCCGACUAGGACGCCCUCGAAGUCCCGGGGCCUGGGGGCCACGGGGAUUCCUUCGCGCCUUGUCCCCGCCAGGCCUAAUCGCGAGCGAUGGGGUCGCUCUGAGGGACCCCUGGCGCUGAGCCGGCAUGGAGGAGCCACCCCUCGCUUAGGCCCCGCCGCGGCCUGGGGAGUCCGGCCGCAGCCCGAGGCGCAGCCGCCGCGGCCUGGAGCUGGAGGCAGGGCCUCCGGGCCGGAGCCGCCGCCGCCCGCAGACCCCGCAGGCCCAGCUGCCAGCCCUCAUCAUGCCUUGGCCGUUUUCUGAGUCCAUCAAGAAGAGAGCCUGUCGGUACCUCCUGCAGAGGUACCUGGGCCACUUUCUGCAGGAGAAACUGAGCCUGGAGCAGCUCAGCCUGGACUUGUACCAGGGCACCGGGUCCCUCGCCCAGGUCCCCUUGGACAAAUGGUGUCUCAAUGAGAUCCUGGAGUCAGCAGAUGCGCCUUUAGAAGUCACUGAAGGAUUCAUACAGUCAAUUUCUCUGUCAGUUCCAUGGGGCUCCUUGCUACAGGAUAAUUGUGCACUGGAAGUGAAAGGGUUAGAAAUGGUCUUCCGCCCUAGACCUCGCCUAGCAACUGGUACUGAGCCUAUGUAUUGGUCAAGUUUCAUGACUAGCAGUAUGCAGUUGGCAAAAGAAUGUCUUAGCCAGAAACUAACAGAUGAACAAGGAGAAGGAUCCCAGCCUUUUGAAGGACUUGAAAAGUUUGCUGAAACCAUUGAAACAGUACUAAGAAGAGUAAAAGUCACGUUUAUAGACACUGUCUUGAGAAUUGAACAUGUGCCAGAAAAUUCCAAAACUGGAACUGCACUUGAAAUUCGAAUAGAAAGGACCGUGUACUGUGAUGAAACUGCUGAUGAGCCCUCAGGAAUCAAUGUACACCAGCCCUCAGCUUUUGCUCACAAGUCACUUCAGCUCUCUGGAGUGUCUCUUUUCUGGGAUGAGUUUUCUGCAUCAGCAAAAUCUUCCCCAGUGUGUUCAACUGCACCAGCGGAAACUGAGCCAAAGCUGUCACCUAGCUGGAAUCCCAAAAUUGUUUAUGAGCCACACCCACAACUGACUAGAAAUUUACCAGAGGUAGCACCCUCUGACCCAGUGCAGAUUGGAGGGCUAAUUGGUAGCUUGGAGUUGAGUCUCACACUGAAACAGAAUGAAGUACUUCCUGGAGCAAAGUUGGAUAUUGAUGGACAAAUAGACUCUAUUCAUCUAUUCCUGUCGCCAAGGCAGGUACACUUGCUUUUGGACAUGUUAGCAGCAAUUGCCGGACCAGAAAAUUCUAGCAAAAUAGGGUUAGCUAAUAAAGAUAGAAAAAAUCGACCCAUGCAGCAGGAAGACGAAUAUCGAAUUCAGAUGGAAUUAAACCGGUAUUAUUUGAGAAAAGAUUCCCUUACUGUGGGUGUAUCUUCAGAGCAAAGCUUUUAUGAGACAGAAACGGCUCGUACACCUUCUAGCCGUGAAGAAGAAGUUUUCUUCUCCAUGGCUGAUAUGGACAUGUCCCAUAGUGUCUCUUCUCUCCCACCCCUUGGGGACCCUCCGCACAUGGACCUUGAGUUGUCUUUAACUAGUACAUACACCCCAGCAGGAUCUCCGUUAAGUGCGACUGUGCUCCAGCCAGCAUGGGGAGAUUUCCUUGAUCAGCAUAAAGAACAGCCAGUGAGAGGGUCAACAUUGCCAUCCAACCUAGUUCACCCGGCAUCUUUACAAAAGACUGCUCUCCCGUCCAGAUCUGUUUCAUUGGAUGAAUCCAGGCCUGAACUUAUUUUUAGACUAGCGGUGGGAACUUUUUCCAUUUCUGUGCUUCACAUUGAUCCUUUAUCUCCACCUGAAACGUCGUUGAACCUUAAUCCAUUGACACCUAUGGCCAUAGCUUUCUUUACUUGUAUAGAAAAGAUUGAUCCAGCAAGAUUUUCAACAGACGACUUUAAGUCUUUCCGAGCAGUGUUUGCUGAAGCUUGCUCACAUGAUCACCUUAGAUUUAUAGGUACUGGCAUCAAAGUAUCUUAUGAACAAAGACAAAGAUCAGCUUCCCGCUAUUUUAGUACUGAUAUGUCCAUUGGGCAAAUGGAACUUUUGGAGUGCCUGUUUCCGACUGAUUUUCAUUCUUUUCCUCCUCAUUAUACAGAGCUUUUAAUGUUCCAUUCCAAAGAACAAACCGAUUCCCAUCCUCCUGUAUGUCUUCAGCUUCAUUACAAGCAUUCUGAGACUAAAGGACCCCAGGGUAAUCAAGCAAGACUUAGUUCUGUUCCUCAGAAAGCAGAAUUGCAAAUUAAGUUAAAUCCAGUAUUUUGUGAGCUGGAUAUCAGUAUUGUGGACAGGUUAAAUUCCUUGCUUCAACCACAAAAACUUACUACGGUGGAGAUGAUGGCAUCUCACAUGUAUACUUCAUAUAAUAAACAUAUUAGUCUGCACAAGGCUUUCACUGAAGUAUUUCUAGAUGAUUCACAUAAUCCUGCAAAUUGUCGGAUGUCAGUGCAAGUUGCCACACCAGCAUUAAACCUUUCUGUUCGCUUUCCAAUACCUGAUCUUCGAUCAGAUCAAGAAAGAGGACCAUGGUUUAAGAAGUCACUACAGAAGGAGAUCCUUCAUUUAGCAUUUUCAGAUCUAGAAUUUAAGACUGAAUUUAUAGGAGGAUCAACCCCAGAACAAAUUAAAUUGGAGCUUACCUUUAGAGAACUAGUUGGGUCAUUCCAGGAAGAUAAAGGAGAACCAUCUAUGAAGUUUUUCCAUGUGUCUGGUGGAGGAGAUGGAGAUACAACAUCAUCAGAUGAUUUUGACUGGCCACAAAUUGUGCUGAAAGUAAAUCCACCAGCCAUGCAUUCUAUUUUGGAGAGAAUAGCAGCUGAGGAAGAAGAGAGUGAUGGCCACUAUCAGGAAGAGGAGGAAGGAGGUGCUCAUUCCCUGAAAGAUGUUUGUGAUCUGAGAAGGCCAGCCCCAUCGCCCUUUUCUUCUCGUAGAGUAAUGUUUGAAAAUGAACAGAUGGUGAUGCCAGGAGACCCUGUAGAAAUGACAGAGUUUCAGGAUAAAGCAAUCAGCAAUUCUCACUAUGUGCUGGAACUUACAUUACCCAAAAUUCAUGUAACACUACCUAAUAAAAGCUUUUAUGAGAAGCUUUAUAAUAGGAUCUUUAAUGACUUGCUGCUGUGGGAACCAACAGCUCCUUCACCAGUGGAGACUUUUGAAAAUAUUUCAUAUGGUAUUGGGCUUUCAGUAGCCAGUCAGCUGAUUAAUACCUUCAACAAGGAUAGUUUUAGUCCAUUUAAGUCUACAGUUCACUAUGACGAGGAAAGUGGGUCUGAGGAGGACACCUUGCAGUACUUUUCGGCUGUUGACCCUAACUAUCGUUCCCGGAGGAAGAAGAAGCUAGACUCUCAGAACAAGAACUCACAGAGUCUUCUCUCAGUUCUUCUGUGUAUUAAUCAUGGAUUGGUGGCAGUGUUUACAGAUGUAAAGCAAGAUAAUGGACAGCUGUUGGAAAACAAGCAUGGUGAAUUCUGGUUAGAGUUCAAUAGUGGUUCGUUAUUUUGUGUGACAAAAUACGAAGGUUUCGAUGACAAGCACUACAUCUGCCUUCACGCCAGCAGCCUCAGUCUCUGCCACAGAGGCAUAGUGGAUGGAGUGAUUCUUCCUACAGAAACACGACUGCCCAAUUCAACCCGCCCACAUUGGUUGGAACCUACUAUCUAUUCCUCUGAAGAAGAUGGCCUCAAUAGAGCUGCUUCAGAUGGUAUUGGUGGAGACACUUUGAAUAUGCUCUCUGUUGCAGUCAAAAUAUCAUCUGAUAAAUCAGAGUCCAAUACAAAGGAAUUUCUCAUUGCUGUUGGACUGAAAGGAGCCACUCUCCAGCACAGAAUGCUUCCUUCUGGGCUUAGCUGGCAUGAGCAGAUUUUAUACUUCUUGAAUAUUGCUGAUGAACCUGUUCUGGGAUAUAAUCCUCCAACUUCAUUUACAACUUUUCAUGUUCAUCUCUGGAGCUGUGCACUUGAUUAUAGGCCUCUUUAUUUGCCAAUCCGAUCUCUUCUUACUGUUGAAACAUUCAGCGUUUCAAGCAGCGUUGCCCUGGAUAAAUCGUCAUCUACUCUCAGAAUAAUCUUAGAUGAAGCUGCUUUACAUCUGUCUGACAAGUGUAACACUGUCACUGUAAACUUGAAUAGAGAUUAUGUUCGUGUGAUGGAUAUGGGGCUUUUGGAAUUAACCAUAACUGCAGUGAAAAAUGAUUCUGAUGGAGAGCAGACUGAACCACGCUUUGAGUUACACUGUUCCAGUGACAUUGUCCACAUCAGAACAUGCUCGGAUUCUUGUGCUGCAUUAAUGAAUCUCAUUCAGUACAUUGCAAGCUAUGGGGACCUAAAUGCAGCUAAUGAGGCAGAGAUGAAGCCAGGAGCCUCUCAAAGAAAGAUGAAGGUAGAUUCUGGCAGUCGAUCAUCCUCACGAGGUCCAGUACUUCCUGAAGCAGAUCAACAAAUUUUACGAGAUUUGAUGAGUGAUGCUAUGGAGGAGGCUGACAUGCAGCAAGCCACUUCAUCUGCAAAGCCACAGCCUAACGGUGGUUUGGAAGAAAAAUCCCAAAUUCAGGAGCCCUGUUGUUCAGACCUCUUCCUGUUUCCCGAUGAGAGUGGGAAUGUGUCCCAGGAGCCCGGCCCCACUUAUGCUUCAUUCACUCAUCAGUUGAUCAGUGAUGCAAUGACAGGUGUGCCCACUGAAAAUGAUGACUUCUGCAUUCUUUUUGCCCCAAGAGCAACCACUCAGGAGAAGGAAGAAGAACCAGUUGUAAAAAUAAUGGUUGAUGACACAAUUGUGAUAAGAGAUAAUUAUUUUAGUCUGCCCCUUAAGAAGACAGAUACGAGCAAAGCCCCAUUGCACUUUCCUAUUCCUGUGAUUCGGUAUGUAAUUAAAGAAGUAUCUCUUGUUUGGCAUCUUUAUGGAGGAAAGGAUUUUGGAACAGCUCCUCCUACUUCUCCAGCUAAAAGUUACAUUAGUCCCCACAGUUCACCUUCUCACACACCCACGAGACAUGGACGUAAUAUGGUAUGCGGGGGAAAAGGAAGAAACCAUGACUUUUUAAUGGAAAUACAGUUAAGCAAGGUGAAGUUUCAGCACGAAGUCUAUCCCCCGCGCAAGCCUGAAUGCGAUCCCAGCCUCUCAGAACACCCAGUCUCCCGACAGGUGUUCGUUGUGCAGGAUCUUGAAAUCCGAGAUCGUCUGGCAACAUCGCAGAUGAAUAAGUUUUUGUACCUGUACUGCAGUAAAGAAAUGCCUCGAAAAGCUCAUUCCAACAUGUUGACAGUUAAAGCAUUACAUGUGCGCCCAGAGUCUGGCAGGUCACCACAGGAAUGUUGCUUGAGAGUAUCACUAAUGCCACUUCGCCUCAAUAUUGACCAGGAUGCUUUGUUCUUCCUGAAGGAUUUCUUCACAAGUCUUUCAACAGAAGUAGAGCUUCUAAUGGCUCCAGAUCCAGAAGUUAAAAAGUCUCCUGGAGCUGAUGUCACCUGCAGUUUGCCAAGGCAUUUAAGCACCUCAAAGGAGCCAAAUCUGGUUAUUUCUCUCCCUGGGCCAAAGCAGCCUCCACCAAAUGAUAGUGCCAAUUCAGUGGAAGUGGUUAACGGGGAGGGAGAAGACUUCUCAGCUGAAGAAGUGUCAUUUAGUGAUCAGCCUGUUUUUUUUAGAGAGUUUAGAUUCACAUCAGAAGUUCCUAUUCGACUUGAUUAUCAUGGCAAACACGUAUCAAUGGAUCAGGGUACCUUAGCUGGCAUUUUGAUUGGUCUGGCCCAGCUAAACUGCUCGGAACUAAAGCUGAAGAGGCUUUUUUAUCGGCAUGGUUUGUUAGGUGUUGACAAAUUAUUCUCAUAUGCAAUCACCGAAUGGCUUACUGACAUUAAGAAGAACCAGCUACCUGGAAUCCUGGGAGGUGUUGGGCCUAUGCAUUCACUAGUACAAUUAGUGCAAGGCCUGAAGGACUUGGUCUGGCUACCCAUAGAGCAGUACCGGAAGGAUGGCCGCAUCGUCAGAGGAUUUCAGAGAGGCGCUGCCUCCUUCGGCACCUCAACGGCGAUGGCCGCUCUAGAGCUCACCAACAGGAUGGUUCAAACCAUACAGGCAGCAGCAGAGACUGCUUAUGACAUGGUGUCUCCUGGUACCCUUUCUGUGGAGCCCAAGAAGAUGAAAAGAUUUCCCCAUCACCGGUUAGCCCACCAGCCAGUAGACCUGAGGGAAGGGGUGGCCAAGGCCUACAGUGUUGUGAAAGAGGGAAUUACAGACACAGCCCAGACCAUUUAUGAAACCGCAGCUCGAGAGCAUGAGAGCAGAGGGGUCACGGGGGCUGUGGGUGAAGUCCUGCGCCAGAUACCUCCAGCGGUGGUGAGACCUCUGAUCGUCGCCACAGAAGCAACAUCAAACGUGUUAGGUGGCAUGAGAAACCAAAUCAGACCAGAUGUUCGGCAAGACGAAUCCCAGAAGUGGCGCCAUGGGGAAGACUGAUACCUAAGACAUGCUUCUUUAUGAAGAUAAUGACGAUGGAAAUGAGGAGCCAAGUGUUGCUGUCAGGGUCAGAGGGAACUCAUUUAAUUUUAUUGUGCUCAUCUCAGGAACAAAAGCAUUUCUUAGUUAAAUAAUUUAAUGUCAAAACAGCAUACAAUCAAAAACUCGUGGUGUUUUAGGGCUACUUUGGUACUUGCCUGUAGAAGCAUUUGGUAGCUAGUGUCAAAAGUCCCUAAAGCAUCUGCCGCCAGGUUAGUGGAAUGCUUGCGCUUACUGAAAUGGUGUAAUUCUUGUUACAGACCAGGUACAUUGGAAACCUUUCACAGUGCAGAGUGCUCAAAACCAUUGGAGUACGUUGGAAGCACUACUUACAUUGCUCCAAGAGUUGAUGUUUUCUCAAGGCUUAAAAAAGAAUCACAGCUUCGAAAUGUUCGUUGAGAAUGAGAGACAGAAGCCACAGGGAAAGCAAAGCAAAUGGGAUUUUCAACAUAAAUAUCACUGAGGAGUAAAUAACCUAGUCUCUUGAAUUUAGAAUUCAUCAACUCAAGAACAUUAUUUUCAUUUCCUCAGAAAGUCUGUCUGUGGGAGUUGAGAGCAUGAAUGUCGCAGAUGUGUUCUGUUGUGUUGCACUUUAUCGUGUGUGUGUGUGUCUGUGUGUGUUUUAGAUUAAUCCAAGUCAUGUGCUAUAUUCUCUAUGUAAUUUACAGAGUUACACAAAAUACCGAGUGGAGUAAGAAUGAAAGUUUUUGGCAAAGGAAGGUAACUCCCAAAUGGAACAACCCCAUUUAUCUUAAGUGUAAAUGAAAGUGUGCAUUCUAUCAUGAGUUGGGGCCCAUAUAAUUGUUUAUAUGUUCAGUUUUAAGCAGGUGUACUGCAGGCUUGUUAGGUAUGUGUGGAAAAGGAGAUUGGAACUUUUUUUUUCUGUUUUAAAAUUAACCAAAAAUCCUCCAAAUAUAGCCUAGUCAGCUAUUUCGAAGUACCAUUUUUACUUGGUUAACAGUGUACAUUUUGAUAACCUGUCAGGAACAAAUAAAGUCUUCUUAUUUAAGGUAAAAUUGUUCUAUGCUUCCAUGAAUAUUUUGCUUUUCUUAGGGCAUAUUCAUAGAUGCAGUACUGUGGUUUAUCUGAGCCACUUGGGAACACUUUCUCAAACUGAUUUUGGUUAAUAUCAAGUAGAUCAUUACCUAGGAGUGGGGGUAGAGGAAAUUGUUCUCAGGACCCCCAUCUCUGACUUCAUAUUAAUCUGGCAGAAAGGAAAUGCAGGACUUGGUGUUCAUCUGCUAUUUAAAGUUGCAUGAUAUGAGUUCUCAUUUUCUAAAGUUGGGGGAAUGCAUUUGAGGUGAGUUUGGAUGUCAGAACUACAUUUCAGUUUGGGGUCUGGAAAAGGAUGUUGGACCUAUUUCAUUCUCUAAAUUUUCUAAACAAGAAGCAAUGUAAAUAAAUCCUAAUAUUUAAAAUUAUAAAAAUUGUGUUAAAUAGCAUUUAAUUUAAUUUUAAUUUUGUUUCUUUUUACUGCUGCAAAACUUAAAAACGGAAUGCCCAGGGCAACCACCUGUUUAAGCAUCACAGAACCACUUGUUAGUCUGUGCUAGUUAAAUGGAGUCCAUGGAGAACAUGGUCCGGAGUAAACACUAGGCAUGCCUGGUGAUCAUCCCGAAGGCUCUGCCUGCCUGGGGCACAUCCGACUGCCCUGCACACUGUCCCCCAGUGUGUCCAUUUUUCCCUUACAGUGGGACAUAACAAUGCUUGUUAUCUGUGAUGAUUCGUCAAACUGAGUACCACUUGAUCAAACUUAAAAAUAUAAAAUCUCUCAUUUUUAAAUAUAUUUUCCAUAGUUAUAAUGAUUAUUUAAGUUUAUUUAGACAUAGGGAGAAAUUAUCAUUCUCUUCUUUGUGCUCUUGAGUUGCAAAUGGAUCUGUCUUUUGACAAAUCAGAUUUAUCAGUUCUCUUUCAGCCUUUAUCUCUGGAAUGUAAUCUCUGUCAUUCUUUCUCUGUCCUCUACCUGCUAGUGAAACAAGGUUUGGGAACAGAAACCUUGUGCCUCUGAAAGUUUCUUGGUCAAAGUUCUAUUCAUUGUCAGUUUAACCAAGAUGAUCUUGAGAUGUUUAUGCAGAGGACCUAUCUGUAUUUGAACACUUCUUCAUUAAGUGUCCUCAGUUUUGUUUUUUGUUUUUAGGUGUCUUUUCAAACUUUUAUGUCUCAGUGACACAGUAGAAAGAGGGUUGGGGAGGAUCCUUGGGUUGCAAGAUCUACGACUUACCAAGCAGAUGACUUAGUGCCCCUCUCUGUAAAUGAAGGCAUUUCUUAUGACAAAGCCCAACAGAGAUUUCAGAUGAUUAGGUGAUGUGUGUGAGUGUGUGAACAAUGGUGUGGGUUGUAAUGCUCAGUAGAGUGCCCUGGACCUGUGGCACUUCUGGCUGGUGGCAUUGUUGAAUGAGAGCACUCUGGUCACAUCACCCACAGAGUGGUCAGGGGUGCCUUUAGAUCUCGGCUCACUAGAGUGAUGUGUUUCUGAAUGGUCACAGUGCCUGCAUGGGUGACUUUGAUGUGGCCCUUCUACAUGGAGGGGGCUGUGUAGAUAUCUCCCCAAGGAGUCUAGGUAAGCCAGCUGAUCAGGAUUCUCCAGAGAAUCUCAGAACCCCACAGUGUUAAGAGCACAUUAAGACCACCUUCCAUUGUAAAGGCAAUGGAGGUAGAGGCGAUGUCUUCUCUUGAAUGGGGACUGAUUUGGACUCCGCAUUUUCCCUUCCUGUCUGUUCCCAGAUUGCUAUAAUUUACAGGCAGAACGUCCACUCAGCAUUUGCUUUUAGGAUAGAUGUAAAACCAUGUUUCUUCUAGACAUCAUCGCAUUAGAUUUUGACAUUAAUAAAAUUUGGGUCCAUUUUGGAUCCCCACUUACAUGCAUGUAUUUUUGUAAUGUAAACUCAGUUUAAGAAAAAAGUCUUAACCAAGUAACAAAAUGGCAAAAAUUAAAAACCAGUGUUUCCUGCCCCCUGCUGUCACUUUUAAAUGCCAUUAAGAUAUUUCUAGCUUUUAAGGGAAUUGCUUUUUAACCAUCUCCUUUAAGAACUGUUCUGUAGGUUUCCUGCCUUUGUUCAGUUUCAAAACGGCCCAAACAGCGUUGUCUGCUCUGGCAGGGCCCACUCGUCCGAAGGUGGUGUCUCUGGAGGGUCGUUCGGUUCAGGUUCUUCGCACAGUGUGUACACUUAGCAGAGGAGAGACUGCAGGCAGAGUUGAAUGUGAGCGAUUUUAAAUGAGAAAUCCACACUUGCACUAAAUGGCUUCAGGAUUAACACUUGUCUUAACAUUAAAUUUUGUAUCUGUAAAAAGUUGUGCGACUUAAGGGAAAUCAUUUAACUUCACUUUUCUUUUACCUGCAUUGGAUAUAAUUCGUCAGAAUUACCAGGUAUAUGGCAGAGCUAGUGUUCUAUGUUGAGGAAUUUUAUUCCCUGUCUCCCCUCACAUCUUCUUGACCUACCUAGACAUCAGAGGGAAUGUCUAGAAAGUCCUUUAAGCUGCUUCAAAGUAAGGUCUAUGCAUACACAGGGUGGUAUUCUUUUGUUAUCUGUAAAUGCAUCAACUGGACAUGCUUAUUCAAACAGAAUAAGUCAAAUAUUAAUUUGCGUCAUAGGUUAAAGGGAAGGUUAUUUGUAUGGUGUAUAGAUAAGGGGGAGAAAAAUAUUUUUUUCCAUUACCAAGAAAUUUUAUUUCUGUUUACUGGAAGAUAUAGUCAGUCUUUUCAUAUGAGAAUAAUUGAGUCCUUUAAUGCCAAUUUAUUUUUAUCUCAAUAUUUUCAGGACCAUGCUAGACACACUGCUCCCCUUAAUAGACUUUAGAUGUGUAGUUGCCAGUCAGCCAGUUAAUUGCAUUUACCUUUCAUCACAGUGUCUGUAAAUCAGAGACAGAAAAGGCAUUCUAACACACCACUGUGAUAGGCUUGUUUAGGGAUGAGGAAUUUGAGUUCCCAAAACUCAUAUUUUGAAAUGUCAGCAAUUUAAAAAGUAUAGAGUGUUAGAGAUCUAUUUUCACCUCCUAUAACUGUCGGCACCUCGGUUUUGAGCAUGCUGCUUUAUAGUAAGUACCAGAGUGCUAUGUUGUAUAUCAAAGGAUUGUGAAUAUGAUGUUAGCUGACUCAAUAACAUCUCUACUGUGUGGGGUAGUUGAAAUAGCAGCCCCUCCUUUAAAACAUGUUUACUUUGCUGUUUCACAUGUAUUUCAUAUAUAUAAAAUGGCAGCUUCCAAUUUCUAGUUGAAUUUGUCUUACAUUGUAUAACUUGCUGGUCACACAGGACUAUUUUGCUUUUUUACUGAGAAAUUUGGUAGGGGCAGAAGUUCAUCUCUUGGUAAUCCAGCCUGACUUAUUUUAGACAUUGAAUUUAUCUGUAUUGCAUACAUUGACUAUCAUUGCUAAUUUUCCUAUUAAGGUGAUUAUGGCUGUGAAUACUUCAAGAAUACUAAUGAUGUCUGAAUAUUUUUAUGAAAAUGUAACUUGUUGGUGUGGCUAUUUAAAAUAUGAAAUUAAGAAUAUCUUGAAAAAAAUUAAAAUAUUUACUCUUUGGA